AUGGGUGCUAUAUUAGGACCAGUCCUCCCUACUCUGCUGGAACUGUUUCCAAUAGCCGCCUCACAAAGCGCGCCGCAGCAGCAGCUGAGCCCGGCGGCGGGCGGCCAACAGAAACAGCCCUCUCCGGGCGCCGCCAAAGCGCCUGUUGCGGCUGCGCCGAAGCAGCCUCGACAGCAGGUCAAGCGGCAGCGCUCGUCGUCGCCGGAGUUGAUGCGCUGCAAGAGACGCCUCAACUUCAGCGGCUUCGGCUACAGCCUCCCUCAGCAGCAGCCGGCGGCGGGAGCGCGGCGGAACGAGCGGGAGAGGAACCGCGUCAAGCUCGUCAACCUGGGGUUCGCCACGCUCCGCGAGCACGUCCCCAACGGCGCGGCCAACAAGAAGAUGAGCAAAGUGGAGACGCUGCGCUCGGCCGUCGAGUACAUCCGAGCCCUGCAGCAGCUGCUCGACGAGCACGACGCCGUCAGCGCCGCCUUCCAGGCCGGCGUCCUCUCGCCCACCAUCUCCCCCAAUUACCCCAACGACAUGAACUCAAUGGCAGGCUCGCCUGUCUCCUCGUACUCCUCGGACGAAGGGUCCUACGAUCCCCUCAGCCCCGAAGAGCAGGAACUGCUGGAUUUCACCAACUGGUUCUGAGAGGCCCUGGCGGCCCUCUCCGCUAUGACUUUGCAGCAGAGGACUUACUGAAAAAUCAUUCCAUCUUACUACUGCUACUUUUUCCUUCUCAUUGUGGAAAGGAAAGGAAAGGAAAGGA